UGAUUCCAAUUUCCAAACAAGUCCACCUUCUUCUUUUCGCCUCACACCAUGAAACCCCUUCUCCGCUUCGGAAUCGCCUUCAUCCUCCUCCUCCAUUCCUCCCUCGCUUCUCAUAUCCCCUACCCCAAAGCAAUUUCCGAUUUGAAGGAUACAAUUGUGAAGGGAUUUGGGUUCACGGCGGAAGAUGAUGUUACGAUUACGGGGUUCGAUCCUCGAGACGCCGAGGUAGGGCAUUCAGUGGAGUACCAAUUCGACCUCGAAAUCGAUCACAAGGUUAUUCCCUUCAAGCUCCUCGAAGACGUCAAACACUGGGAUUACGUCGAUCUUCCCAUUUUCCGGGCCGAGGCCCAAUCCGGUUUGGUCCCUAAACGGGCUUCGGCUGACGGGCUUCCCGUUUUGGCUCCCUUCGUUCUCGCUGGGCCCAUGGAACUCUGGAUUCACGACGCCAACGACAUGCGACUCUCCCUUCCCCAUGACGUGGAUGCUGGUGUGUUGAAGAAAGUGGUGUUGGCUGAGGGAGCAGCGGUUACCGUCAAAGGUGCAAGAUCCGUUAGUCUUCGGCAACCUCUUGAUUUCCCUCUUCCGUUAAACCGAACGGAGAAUGGUUUUGCUAACGGUCUUUUAACUUUGGCUGAGCAUCUUCGCCAUGCUUCUAGAACCCAGGGUUCUCCGAUUCUCUCGCUGAGAAUCGUUGGUCCCACAUCGCUCACAGCAGCGCCUUCUUCCGACACAACAACCUCAACCUCAACCUCGUUGAAGCUCAAACGUCUUGCACCUGGUCUCGUGGAAUUGUCAUCGCCCUUGAAGAGCAAAGAGAUUGAACCAUUUUCGAGGGUUGAUCUUGAGGGUGAAGCCCCCACGGUGCUUACUCCGACCCAGUUUGCGACAUUGUGGCCUCUUGCUUCGCUUAAUGGGUCGAAUGCUAACUUGUUGGGGUUUGAGAAACUCUUACAUUCUGUGUUGGGGGCUAAGGCUGAGAAGAAAGGUUCCUUUAGGUUGUUGAAGGCUGAUGUUUCUGCUCAGACUUACGUGAAGAUGGGUUUUAAGGCGGAGAAGAAGGUGAAGAAAGGUGAAUUGGAGGGUUACUAUCCUUCGUGGAGGACUAAGCCCGAGACUGUGACGACGCACUUUGAGGUGCUGGCUAAGGUUGAUGGGGAGAAAGUUGUGCCGGAGAAAGUUAUGCCGGUGGAGCCUGUUAUUGCGGUGGACAGUGUGGCGCCGAAUUUGCUCACCCAGAAUGUGUCCAUGUCCAAGACACAAGUAGUUCACCCUCCACCCAACCCCUUUUACUUGUAAUUUGUGGAAAGGAAAAGGGAUUGACUGAACUCUACCGAGAGGAUUCGUAACAGAGAGAAGAGGGAACAUUCUUGUUUCACUUUUGAUUUUGGUAUAUAGUAUAGACACAACAGUUAAGAUACUUGUUUGAAAUUGUAAUUAAUGAGAAACUUGUUUUAUUUGUCCAUCAUAGAUUUGCUUUCUUAGACUAUUCAAAUUAACUACUUUAACACAUCUAUUAUAAAGCGCUGGGAUUCAAUGC